UGGCCAAGGCCUGGGCCAUUGCCGUCGCCGAGCGGUGUUUUCCGCCCCUAUCUCCGGUCGGAUCCCGGCUCGGCCAUGCUGUCCCGCCUGCUGAAGGAGCACCAGGCCAAGCAGAACGAGCGCAAGGAGCUGCAGGAGAAGCGGAGGAGAGAAGCCAUUGCGGCGGCAACCUGCCUGACCGAAGCCCUGGUGGACCAUCUGAACGUAGGGGUGGCCCAGGCGUACGUGAACCAGAGGAAGCUGGACCAGGAGGUGAAGACACUGCAAGUGCAGGCCGCCCAGUUUGCCAAGCAGACCGGGCAGUGGAUCGGGAUGGUGGAGAACUUCAACCAGGCCCUCAAGGAGAUCGGGGAUGUGGAGAACUGGGCCCGGAGCAUAGAGCUGGACAUGAGAACCAUCGCCACGGCCCUAGAAUACGUGCACAAGGGCCGCCUGCAGCCGGCACCACCCUAGCCCCCGACCCCGCAGCCCUGCAGGCUCCCCACGGCUCUCCUAGCCCCCCACCCAGGGCCUCCUAUGGCCUUCCUGACCCCCCUUCUCAGUGGGGUGAACCCCCACCCCGAGCUGCACGCUGACAUGAGCCAGGUGCCGGAGCUGUGACGCCGAGCAGCGGUGGGGCCCAGUGGCCUCACAGUGGGCACGGGGUUGGGAUUGGUUUAAUAUACAGUGAACGUGC